GGGCGAAUUUAAAGAAAAAGAUAAUUUCGCGUCGGCUCAAGCAUUAAUUAUCGUGCGAUAAAGUAUCUUAUACUGCGUGUACAUAUAAUAUUAUAAUAAAUCGUGAGAAUGUGAUUACGUGAUUCGAACAGUGGUAACUCUAAAUGAAAAUGGUGGGAGAAACUGGCGACAAGAAAAAAAAGAUACGAUAUCACAUACAGAUAACGAUGGGUGUGAACGUAGAAAGAUUCUCAUUGAUUUUUUGAGUUUUAAUGAAUUUUUCUUUCUCUCUCUCUUUCUUGCGGGGGCCUGAUAUUUCGUAAACAGAUUUUAAUAUCUAUACCUACCCGAUGUACCUAUACCUUCCUAUAUAUAUUAUAUAUAUAUAUAUAUAUAUUCCACCCUAUCGUCCAUCUAUCUUAAUUAGCUACCUAACAAUCUAAUUACCUAAAUAAAGACAUACAGAUACGGAGCGACCAGACGAACUGACCCACUGAGAAGAAUGUUUUAUUUUGAUAAUUUAAAAAAAAAAUAAUUUUCGCCACAUACGAGAUCGCACCUUGACGUUACAUAUGUAAAGUAUAAAAUGUCUGCUGGUCAAGUAUGACACUCGUAUGUUAUGGAGCCUCGUACGAUUGGUUUUGAGUUGGAAUGCAAGGAGAUAAAAAAAGAAUUGAGAAAUCUAUUGGCCUGGGUCAUUCGUGUCUUUGGUCCUCUGCGUAUAGCGUUACAAAGUAAUAGUAAUUACUGAUAAGGAGGAAACUAUGUUCUUAUGUAAAACGCAUGCAAUGCUUAUUAAUGCAGUGAGGUUAUUUUAUAACGGAAAUUUAUCGUUAUCAUUAUGGACGUAGAUAUAUUCCCUGUAUACCUUACAUUGAAUUAACAUCAACGAUGAUAACGUUGCUACUGAUAUGAUUUAAUUAUUUAAUUGAUACGUUGUGCGUUGUAUAUUAUUAAAUAGUAUAUAAUAUGCUCAAUCGAGUGUUUACUUUUACAGAGAAAUAAAACGUGUUAGCUGCGUAUGUUAUAGGUCAGAUUGGAUGUGGGCAUCGACAGACCUCAAUUACUAUAACGCCUUGAUAAUACGGUUACCAUGUAUUAUUAAUUGUACGGGCAGAUUUUAACUAGAUAGAAGAGAAUUUGACUAUUAGAUAAAUACGAUGAUUUUCAUCAGAUCGUUUAGAUGUCUCUUGAUUUAAUUCCUGUAGCUAAUUGGGGGAGGGCUUCGUGUCAUUGGGAAGAUAAAUUAGGACGAUGAAAAUUUCAGAUACCAAUUGUGACAUUUGAUAAUCUCGUUAUUGGGUGUACAUGUGGACACAAUAUAUUGUUGUCGUUCAAGCGUCACGGAGAAGAUUCGAAUCACGGGGAGCCAGCCUUAUGAGACUUUCUUUCGCCGAUUGAGAAAAGCUGCAACGCGCGUCUAUUGGGUAUUUGUGUCUUUUGAACUGUACGAAAAUAUCAGAAUGUUACGGUAGCAUGGAAAUAAGAAAAUUCUAUUAUAUCGCGGACUCCAAUUAUUCUGAAUUAAUAGUGAGAUUUUUGUUUGUAUUUGCUUCGGGUUAAACGUUUGAGAUGUCCUGACAUCUAGUGGUAAGUGUGUGAAACUGAUAACGUGUGAGCUUUUCGCAAUGAGGAUGCAGGUGGAGUUUGCAGUUAAGAAUGUAGAAAAUUCAAUCUGGAAUGCUGUUUUGUGAAUGCAUCGUAAACUGAGGGAGUGAAUGAAAAUUGUGUACUGUUGUAUUGUUGGUACUUUAAAUCGACGGAAGUAUGACUUAUUAUCGGAAUAUAUGUAAAACGGAAUGUUAAAUAAAGACUGGAAAUAGAGUGAUUCUGGCUAGCUGAGGAGUAUGGGACCACCGAAACGUAUCAAGAAAGACAACGAUAGGGGAAAGUGGAAGAAACGGAAGGAAGAUCAUGAUGAAUAUACAGAGGAUGAUUUUGGAGAAGGCACGGACACUGAUGGUGUACCGGAUGCUGCAAAGAAUGAUGUUGAGAAGCAGGAUGAGAGUGCUGUGGAGGAUGAAUUUGGAGCAAAGGAUUAUCGAUCCCAAAUGAUUUUAAAGCCUGAUAAUAUGUCUAGGCCAUUGUGGGUAGCACCCAAUGGACACAUUUUUUUGGAAUCCUUUUCACCUGUUUACAAACAUGCCCAUGAUUUCUUAAUUGCAAUCUCGGAGCCUGUAUGUAGACCUGAACACAUUCAUGAGUACAAAUUGACUGCGUACUCAUUAUAUGCAGCAGUUAGUGUCGGUCUCCAAACCCAUGAUAUCAUUGAGUACCUAAAAAGACUUAGUAAAACAAGUAUACCAGACGGUAUUAUUGAAUUUAUUAAAUUGUGUACACUUUCUUAUGGAAAAGUCAAAUUGGUGUUGAAACACAAUAAGUAUUUCGUCGAAUCGCCGUUUCCCGAAGUGUUACAAAAGCUUCUGAAGGAUCCAGUGAUCCAAGAAUGCAGAUUACGAAAGAAUGUGGAUGAGAUUGACAAGGAUGGAUUUAUCACGAACGUCCAAGACAAAGCAAAAGCCAUGCAGUUUGGUGCCAAACCGUUACUCAACACAGCGCAACAACCUGGUACCACCGUGAUUCCUGAAAAUGCAGUCGAACAAACACCUGCGGAAACUGCCACGGUUCCCGAAGAUAUAACAACAUUUUAUGACAAAAUUGACAAAGAGGACGAAGAUGAGGAAGAGGAGCAGCAAUUAAAAACAGUCAGCUUCGAAGUGAAUCAGGAAAAAAUUGAAGUGAUACAAAAACGAUGCAUCGAAUUGGAACAUCCUUUAUUAGCUGAAUAUGAUUUCCGACAUGACACAAUUAACCCCGAUAUAAACAUAGAUUUGAAGCCAUCGGCCGUUUUGAGACCUUACCAGGAAAAAAGUUUACGGAAAAUGUUUGGCAACGGACGCGCCAGAUCUGGAGUAAUCGUAUUACCUUGUGGUGCCGGAAAAAGUUUAGUUGGCGUGACUGCUUGUUGCACGGUACGAAAACGUGCCCUUGUUUUGUGCAAUUCCGGUGUCUCCGUGGAACAGUGGAAGCAGCAAUUUAAAAUGUGGUCGACGGCUGAUGAUUCGAUGAUUUGUCGAUUUACGAGCGAAGCCAAAGAUAAGCCCAUGGGUUGUGGGAUAUUAGUUACUACGUAUUCGAUGAUUACUCAUACACAAAAAAGAUCAUGGGAAGCUGAGCAAACUAUGAGAUGGCUUCAGGAUCAAGAAUGGGGUAUUAUGGUACUUGAUGAGGUACACACAAUUCCGGCCAAGAUGUUCCGUCGUGUAUUAACAAUAGUGCAGUCACAUUGUAAAUUGGGUCUAACGGCCACUCUGUUACGUGAGGACGAUAAAAUUGCCGAUCUAAAUUUCUUAAUCGGACCAAAAUUAUACGAAGCCAAUUGGUUGGAAUUACAAAAAAGAGGAUUCAUCGCAAGAGUCCAGUGCGCCGAAGUAUGGUGCCCGAUGACACCGGAAUUCUACAGAGAAUAUCUAAGCUGUAAAACCAGCAAAAAGCUGCUAUUGUACGUAAUGAAUCCAAAUAAGUUUCGCUGCUGUCAAUACUUAAUUCGUUAUCACGAAAGAAGAGGCGACAAAACGAUAGUAUUCUCAGACAAUGUAUUUGCAUUGAAGCAUUAUGCAAUUAAAAUGAACAAGCCAUACAUUUACGGUCCAACUAGCCAGAGUGAAAGAAUUCAAAUCUUACAAAAUUUCAAAUUUAACAUGAAAGUCAAUACAAUAUUCGUGAGCAAGGUGGCUGACACUUCGUUCGAUUUACCCGAAGCAAACGUGCUAAUACAAAUUUCAUCACAUGGAGGUUCGAGAAGACAGGAGGCCCAGCGUUUGGGACGUAUUUUACGUGCCAAGAAAGGUGCAAUCGCAGAGGAGUACAAUGCAUUCUUUUACACUCUCGUUUCCCAAGACACUAUGGAAAUGAAUUAUUCGCGAAAGCGUCAGAGGUUCCUCGUUAAUCAAGGUUAUGCUUACAAAGUCAUUACGAAACUGGCCGGCAUGGAUGACGAGCCUGAUUUACUGUAUAAAUCUCGUGAGGAGCAGAGUCAGCUGCUGCAGCAGGUACUGUCAGCAAGUGACAUGGAUGCCGACGAAGAAAGAAUUCCAGGAGAAGGUCCACGUCCGAUCAUAAGAAAAUUAGGAAAUAUGGCCUCGAUGUCCGGUGCGGAUGAUGCUGUUUACUACGAAUAUAAAAAAUCAGCAGCAUCCACAACGGCGAACAAGCAUCCGUUAUUCAAAAAAUUCCGAGCCUAAAGAAGGCACAGCUGCUGCGCGUACUAAAACAGGAUGGAAAAUAAGGAUAGUCGCAUAAGCAUGAAAGUUUUUCACGGAUAUGGAAAAUGAUAAAUAAAUGAUUCAUAUUAUUUGAAAGAA